AUGGAACACCCGGCAUUUGCUGAAGCGGGAGCGGGACCGGGCUUGGAGAUAUGGACCAUAGACAAAUUCGAACCUGUUUUGAUUGAGCGCACAAAAUAUGGAAAAUUCUACAAUGGAGAUGCUUACAUCGUGUUAAAGACAUCUGGCGACAACACUUCAACGUUAAACUACGAUGCUCACUUCUGGCUUGGCGUCAAUGCCACUCAGGACAAGUGUGGGGCCGCUGCCAUUCUUACAGUGACCCUGGAUGACCAGCUCGGCGGUCGAGCGAUUCAGCAUAGAGAGGUCCAGGGGCAUGAGUCCAGUCAAUUUGUGGGGUAUUUUAAACCCGCUAUCAGAUAUCUUGAAGGUGGCAACGAGUCAGGCUUCAAUGAAGUGGAGAUCAACGCGGGCGCAGAAAAGAGAUUACUCAAGUUGUCAGGCUGCGAAAAUAUGAGGAUCGCAGAGGUACCAGCCGACGUCUCAUCAUUGACUAGAGACAACUGCUUCAUUCUGGAAGUGGAACAUGAUAUCUAUGUGCUGGUUCCCGAAGGAGCACGUGCUACCCAGAGACGAAAGAUCAUAAGUGUCGCUAAUAACCUGAGAGAUGAGGAGCAUAAUGGACGGGCCACUAUUGAAAUUAUUGAUGAGUUCUCUUCAAGUUCAGACUACGACCAGUUCUUCGACGCCCUCGGUUCUGGUUCUCUUGAUGAUCUUGUUGAUGAAGACACAGAAUCUAUUGUUGCCUACACAAGAGACAGCGUAUCUUCUGUUUACUUAUACAAGGUGCUCUAUGAUGAAGAUAUAGAGCUGGAUGCACUUAGGAAACCCUUCAAACAAAAUCAGCUUGAAUCUGAUGGAAUCUUCAUAUUGGACACUCCAGACGCGGGCGUAUUUAUUUGGCUUGGACGCGAUGUGGACAUCGAAGUUAGGAGGAACUACAACGAUAUAGCACAAAAGUAUCUUGAUGUUAAGGAGUAUCCUUCGUGGUUGAAUGUAACUCGUAUCUCCGAGGGUGUAGAAAGCAACACCUUCAAACAGUACUUCCACAGCUGGCAGACCAUAUCCUCCUCAUCAUCAGUCAGGGCCAGGAUUUCAGAGUUCGAUGCUGGGUACUUCUCAAGUGACGCUGAUGAAUCAGCAAAUGCUGCAAAAUAUAUCGGGAAGAGCGCCACCGCUCGCGGAUACAUGCCGGACGAUGGAAGUGGACAAGUGACCAUCUUUAGAGCAUCAGAAGAGCCCGAGGACCUAACAGAACAGUUGGCAGAGUUCUCAGUUCUAUACCAGAACGAUGUCUAUGUUGUUGUGUAUGAGUAUGAAGGAGAUGGGCAAACACAUGUCAUCUAUUUGUGGAUUGGUGAAAAUGCAACUUCCGAAAGCAAAUUAGCUGGAAUCGAUUUAGUGUCAAAACUGGAAGAAGAUUUAGAUGGAGAGGUCAACGUUGUGAGAGUCCCACAGGGGAAAGAGACAAAACAUUUCUUAAAGAUAUUGAAAGGAAAAGUAGCCAUUUUGUAUGGCAACAAAGAUGAAGAAUAUAAACCAGACAAUUUCAACAAUUCAUACGACGACGAUGGCUUGCGACUCUUCAGGGUGGAAGGGGCUGACUUUGACGACAUGAGAAUAAUUCAAGUGCGCGAAAGUGAAAAAUCGUUGCAAGAUGACGCCGUCUUUAUUUUUGAGACGUCAUCCGCGAUUUAUGUCUGGAAUGGAAAGGAAUCAAAUGAAAGCGAACAAGAAGUAGCUUUGGAAUUCACCAAACAAGUUGUGAAAGAUGAGAGAGAGGUGACUCCUGUUAACCAGGGCGAGGAACCUGAGGAGUUCUGGGAGGCUCUUGGUGGCGCGCCUGAAGAGCUGGAAAGCAGGUCUGGUUGGCAACAGGCAUUAAGCCGCCGGGUGACAACACCUAUGACUCUUACUGCUGUCACGGUCUCCACUUCAGGAAGGGUGAAAUUGGAAGAACUACCGCCUGACUUUACUCAAAAGGACUUGUCCGAUGACGGAGUGUACAUAUUAGAUGGCGGUGAAGAGUUAUACAUGUGGAGAGGAAACAAGAUACCCGUGAGAGCGAGACUCGCCAAGGAUAAGAUAAUUGAGAAAUACAUCUCUGACGACGGCUUGGAACGCACAGUGGACUCGGCCAUUGUGGUAACUGUGAAGCAAGGACGGGAGCCUGAUAACUUCAAGAAGCACUUCCCAGAGUGGGAAGACGAUAUGUGGGAGAACCAGAUAUCCUACGAAGACUUGAAGAACCAAACCAAAUCUGCAAAUUCUAGGGAAGAAUAA